AUGUCAAAAAGAACAUUUUUGAGUGGUUGUGAAAAACGAAAAAUAAAAUAUAUUCAUGAACUAGUUCAGGAUGAUGCCGAUGGACAAACAUUAACAUCAAAAUAUAAUAUUGAAACUGAACAAAACAAGAAUACAGAAAAUAAUGUUUGCGGUAUGGGCUAUGAACUAGACUUAAAAUCAGAUUACCCAACCGACUGUGGAAAAUUUGAUGAAGCAGUAACAGAUACAUUGAAAAGAAGCAUACUGAAAUUUGGCUCAUGUAGGCCUAGCAUAGAAUUUCCCAGGACUGAAAACAGAUGUUUUUCUUUACAUUAUUACUAUAUGGUAACAAAAGGUGGUUUAAAAAUUCCACGUGAUUGGCUAUGUUAUUCAGUGUUGUUAGAUGUGGCAUAUUGUGAAACGUGUUGGCUAUUCGCUGAUCGAAUGAGUGGGAAAUUCAAUAAAGAAUGGAUAGAAGGUGUGAGUGAUUGGCAACAUUUAUCCCAAAGUAUACAACGGCACGAAGCAUCCAUACAACACUUGUAUGCAUCUAAAGUUAGAUCUUUAUGGAUUAAAAACCAAACUAUAGAUAUAAAUAUAGAAAAUCAGUACUCUCAAGAGGCUAUGUUAUGGAGAAAUGUAUUAAAACGUAUAAUAAAAAUCAUUUUAUGUUUGACUGCCGGUAAUUCAGGAUUGCGUGGUAAUGAAGGUAGUUUGAAGAUAAAAAAUCCUAAUGAAGGUAAUUUUUUACGAACUGUUAAAUUACUUUCAGAGUUUGAUCCCGUCUUAAAUAAUAUAAUGAAUGACGAAAAACAAAAAAUUAAGUAUCUCAGUCCAUUGAUCCAGAACGAAAUAAUAGAUAUUUUAUCUUCUGAUCUUUGUCGUAUAAUUUGUGAUGACAUUAGAUCAAGUUGUUUUUUCUCAGUUAUCAUAGACUCAACACAAGAUAUAACUAAAGAAGAUCAAGUUAGUCUUAUCAUUCGUUACACUGUUGUUGAUUAUGAAAAAAAGCAUAUAGAAAUUAGAGAAUCAUUUUUAGGGUUUUUUUUAUUAAAAAAACACGGUGCCUCUGGUUAUGCUGAACUUUUGCAACAUACUUUAUCCUCAUAUCGAUUAAAUAUAGAAAAAUGUAGAGGUCAGGGAUAUGAUGGAGCAGCUGUCAUGAGUGGUGCUAACUCAGGUGUUCAAAAAAGAAUUCUUGAAAUAGUACCAAAUGCCACAUUUGUACAUUGUUGCUCUCAUAAUUUAAAUUUGGUCAUAAGCGAUGCUGCCAAAAGUACUAGAGAAAUAUCAACGUUUUUUGAAACUGUUCAAGAUGUAUACAAUUUUUUUAGUUCCAGUGCACCGCGAUGGUCUCAACUAGCUCUUGGAGAAGAAGAAAAAUUAGUUGAAAGAACAGUAAGAUUCAGAUUAGAUGGAGAAAAAAUUAAAGAAGCUGACACUCUUUCUUCUCUUGAAUUGCAAAAUGGUGAUAUCAUUGAAGUAUUUAAAAUGCAGAAAGAUGGUUGA